UGAAAAUGGGUGUAGCGGAAUAGUUCCAAAAAUGAAAAUGGGCAUCAAGCGCUGGAAUCAGUCGAGCGAAAACGGUAACAAGCAAAACGCCGGCAUGGCCGCUCUCAGGUUUCUCUCUGGUUUGGGCCACUUCUGAUUGGUUGACGCUGCGCAUCCACCAAAUUGCUUCACCUUGUAUCUUUACACCAUGGCCGAGCCUAUCUUCGAGCGCACUGAGCGAUGUGAGACGCGUAGCUGAUUCCGAAAAUUGUUAUUUACACCCUCGACUACAAUAAUGUUAGCACUGCGACGUCCCGCGAUUUAUCUCGCGGUCGACCGUCACAGGUGUGUCGCGUAGAUCCGAGGAUCUUCAAGGAUGAUUUGAUCGACGGCCGCCUGCAGCCGCCUGCCUCGCCGGACGCCGCAGCAGGUGGAGUAUCGCACGCGCGCGCUUCUCCGUCGUUUCUCGAGUCGAAAUCGCGAGUACCAACUUCGCUCCAUGAUUACAGAGUGCUGAGUAUGGCGCAGGAGGAUACGAAUAAGUUGACAAGAGAGGAUUUCGAUGCCGGCCCGUGCAGCUUCGACGAGAUCGAGCCGGGCUUGUUCCUCGGCAAUCUCACGGCUGCCACGGACGUCGACUGGCUGAAAGAGGCUGGAAUAACUCACAUGCUGACGAUAGACUCCUGCCCGUUGCCGAGAAAGAUACAGGAGCGCCUCCCGAAUGUAGUCAUAAAGUAUAUUCAAAUGACGGACAUGCCGCGGGAGGACCUGCUGACGCACUUCGAGGACUCGUACGAGUUCAUCGACCGCGCCCUCGACUCCGACGGCAGGGUGCUGGUGCACUGUUACUUUGGCGUGUCGCGAUCCGCCUCCGUGGUGAUCGCGUACACCAUGAAGAAGCACGAGUCGAGCUACGCGGAUGCGCUGCAGACGGUCAAGUCGAAGCGUCGCUUCGUCGCGCCAAACCCCGGCUUCGUGGCGCAGCUGCGGCUCUACGAGGACAUGAACUGCGGCGUGGACAGCACCAAUGUGCAGUUCAAGAUGUACCGGCUGCAGAUCGCCGCCGACAAGGUGCGCAAGGCCCGCAUCCUUCCCCAGAGCUGCGUCGACCUGGUGAAGCCGGACCCCGCGCUGAUAACCGUGCGCCCCGAGCCGUCGGUUUAUCGUUGCAAGAAGUGCCGUCGCAUUGUGGCGAGCGCCAGCAACAUUUUGCCGCACGCGCCGCGCGAGAAGCAGAUCUGGCGGCAUCUCAGCACCAAGAGCGCCUCGAAGGACGGCGAGAGCUGCGACAGACCGACCCAGAGGCGAGACGAGUCGGCGCGAGUCCAGCUCUGCGACAAGAUCUACUUCGUAGAGCCGUUGGCCUGGAUGCCCGACAUCACGCACAACGUCGAGGGCAAAUUAAAUUGCCCUAAAUGCAACACGAAACUCGGCUCGUACAGCUGGAUCGCUGGCAGCCAGUGCCCCUGCGGAAGUAAGAUCGCACCGGCCUUUUAUCUGGUGCCGUCCAAGCUCGACUGGAGCAACGUCGUGCAGAAUGUUCAAGUAACGGUAUAGUACUGAGACACGGAGCAAGAGAUAUCGUAAUCUUGAGCGAAUUCACGAGGAUAGAUAUCUUGAAUUCUUUUAUAUUCGACGACACUUCCCGAGGUUGUUGGUAUAUUUAUCAAGGCAAUACAAGUCAGGAAAAACAUGGUGAACAUGUUGAAAACGCGACCGAUACUUUUUAGACGACAUAACGUUUUGGGUACCUCGCAGGUAUCCUUUUGAUGUUUUUUGAAUGUUUGUCUUGUUAAAUUGUAAUAUCCCUAUGGUCCAAGAUGAUUGACGUAGACGUUGAUAUUUUAACCCCCGGCAGGUGAUACACAUCUUCAAGCUGUUAAUUUUUAAUUUAAGUUAUUCCAUGCGAAAUAUCGUCCAGAUUAAAAAAUCUAUUAGAGGAAGAAUUAAUUGGAGAAAAGUAUUUUAAUUGUGUCACUUUAUGAACGCAAGAAGACGAACGUAAUCUUGCAUUUACAUUUUACAUUUAAUUGCCGUGUUGCGUCACGAUUUAAAAAUACUAGUACCUGCUGAGGGUUGAGAAUAAUGCAUUUUAAGAGCGAGACAAGAUACGGAUACGAUCGAUAUGUACGCCGGCUGACUAUAUUCUAAUCCUGUGCCAAUAUAUAUUUCGACAUGUGUACAUAUAUACAUGUAUUUGUUACAUACCUAUAUCUAUAUGUUGUGUACUUUUCUGAUUAUAUUUAUAUCAAUGAGAAAACAUGCCCGAAGACGUUCUCCGAGCUCAAUGGUUUCAUUGCACACGAGGUUGUCUUGUAUCUAUACCGUCUACAUAUGUCUAUAUAAGGUCACAAGUUGUAGAAUGCCGGUGUUUUUUUUCUGUAUAUAUCCUGUAUUUAAAAUAUUGCGAUGUUCUAAUACACCUCUCCUCAUAUAACUUAAUGUACUACUCUAUCGACGGGAAAAA